CGGGGGCGAGGGAAUCCCUGCGAGAGGGGUGACAAGGGGCUCAGAGGAGAAGCCCAGGUCCCCCAGGGAGGGGCGGGGGCGUCUGCGCCCCAGUCGCGCAGUGAGGAAACUGCACCGGCCGGGCGCCCGGGGAGGAAGGGAGGAUGCGGAGGGAGUGGAAUGAUUGCUGCUGUCUCUGCUGCUCCAGCCUCCCCAUCGAGGUCCUCUCCCCUCUCCCCUCCCAAGAUGGCAGCCAGCAGCUCUGAGGGCUCAGAGAUGAAGGGGAUAGAAGAGGGUCCCCAAACCCAAGGAGAAGGGCCUGGCCAUUCUGAAGCCGAAACUGGCCCUCUCCAGGUCCCAGCUGGGGUCCCAGAUAAGCCAGAGGCCCCGCAGCCGGGCCCAGACAUCACUGGGGCCCCUGUGGACUCAGAAGCCAAAGCUGGGCUGGCUCCAGAAACCACAGAGACCCCAACUGGGUCCCCAGAAACAGCCCAGGCCAAGGACCUCAGCUCAAGCCCAGGAGGGGAACCAAAUGCCAACCCCAGCCCCGAAGAAGCAUGCCAAGAGCCAGCACCCAAACCAGAAGGGAAUAAAGAGGUCACCGAAGACCAGGGGUCCGAUCUGGGGUCUGCAGCCCCACUUGAGCCAGCCUCAGAGCCUGCUCCCCAGUUGGACCCCCAGUCAGACCCUCAGCCAGACUGCCAGCCAGGUUCCCAGCCCACCCCCAAAUCAGCUCUUCACCCAGAGCCCCCUACCCAGGAGGACCCCACCCCUGAGGUCCUGACUGAGAAUGUGGGGGAAAAGCAAGAGAAUGGGGCAGUGGUUCCCCUGCAGCCUGGUGGCGGGGAAGAAGGCCCAGCCCCACAGCCUCACUCGCCACCCGCAACAAAAACCCACCCAGCCAAUGGGGCUCCUCCCCGAGUGCUGCAGCAGCUGGUCGAGGAGGACCGACUAGGAAGGGCUCACAGUGGGCAUCCAGGAUCUCCCCGAGGUAGCCUGAGCCGCCACCCCAGCUCCCAGCUGGCAGGGUCUGGGGUGGAGGGGGGUGAAGGCACCCAGAAGCCUCGGGACUACAUCAUCCUCGCCAUCCUGUCCUGCUUCUGCCCCAUGUGGCCUGUCAACAUCGUGGCCUUCGCUUAUGCUGUCAUGUCGCGGAACAGCCUGCAGCAGGGGGACGUGGAUGGGGCCCAGCGUCUGGGCCGCGUGGCCAAGCUCUUAAGCAUCGUGGCGCUGGUAGGGGGGGUCCUCAUCAUCAUCGCCUCCUGCGUCAUCAACUUAGGCGUGUAUAAGUGAGGGGCUCUGCCCCGCAUUCCAAGACCUUUUUUCCUGUUGGGAGCUGCCUUGGGCCCAUCCUCCCCUGGGGGGAGCCCAAUCGAUGGCCCAGGCCCGCACCCAUAGGGACCAAGGGAGCCUGAGCGGCCUUGUUUACAGCUUCUUUCCUGCUCCUGCAUCCUGCCAGGCUCCUGUGCCAACCGUAGGCCUCCCUUCUCCCCGCACUGUUUCAACCUCCCUGCACUUCUGGAAACCUCCCUGACCUGAACGUCUUCCAAACUCUCUCUGCUCUCAGCCUCCCUGCAUCUCUCCCAGCCUCCCUGCACUCCUCCCAACUUCCUGAAUUCCCCGCACCUCAGCCCUGGUUGUCCCCCUUUCAACUUUCAGUGUCUUGGCAUCUUCCCCCAUUCCUCUCUUCUUUCUUCCCUUUAUCAUCUCUCCUUCCCCCUCCACACCCUCUGCCCCCUUCCUCUUCCUGCCUCCUCUCCCCUCAGCAUCCCUUCCUCCCCUCAGGAUCCUCUCCUUCUCCCUCCUGCCACCGUUUUCUCUGCAAAAACUCCAGCACUUAGAUCAGGCUGGGGGAGGGAAGCGGUGUCACGGGGAGGGCUCCCCAGCCUAGGUUCCGACUAUUUUCUGCUGGGACCACCCAGGUCCUGACGCCCCCAGGGCGCCUCUGGGUCGCAGAGCUGGCAAGCCAGGCCUUGUCUGGCGACUUGGGCAGGGUGUCGGGCACGACUGCUGGCUCGCAGCACGCACCUGGGAGGAGGAAGGGGCGCGGCUGUUGAAGCCUUCCGAUCAGCCCAAGCUGACCUGCCCCACCUGGGCUUUUUUUUAAACCCGCUCAGCGAGUUUCUUAAAUAAGGCGUCGGGGCUGGGGUCAUUCCCGUGCUUUGAAACGAAAGAACCCCGAAAUAGGACCAAAGCUCCCAGAUGCAGGGAGCGAGUGAGGGGCGGGGAGCUCUAUAAUUAUUUUCCAAGAGGACGAGGGAGGUUUGUUGCACGCGACAGUCCGCUAGGGAGGCGGGGACCGAGCUACGACGCUGUUCGGAGUUGGCGGGUUUUGUUUUCUUAAAAAAAAAAAAAAAAAAAGGCGUGGGGAGGGGGAAAAACUAAAAGUCUUAAAAAAAAAAAAAAGGACACAUCAAACAGAUCCUCCCUUUUUGUAUGCCGGAUGCUGCAUGAGUCUGAAACACCAAUAAACGGAGACUGCAUGAGA